AUAUACGUUUUUGAUAUAAAUAGUAGAAUUCCACAAAUUCCAUCAAUACUAACUAUAUACAAUGUCUGAUAUUCUACGUUUAAAAUUAGCAAGGAAUAAUAAAAUAAAACCUAUUAAGCGCCUAAAAAAAUCGAUAAAAAAUUUGUAUUACAUCAACAUCACCAAAUUAUACACUGAUAAUCUUUCACUAUUUCGACAUUAUUUAAGAAAUGGCGAAUACAGUGAAGAAAUGUCUGCAGCAUUAAAUGAGUAUCGGGAAAAUCUACUUCACUUGACGUGUCAAUAUAAUGAACCACAAUAUAUAAAACAAUUGAUUGCAUUAAAAUGUCCAAUUUUCAAACAGGAUUUCUAUGGAAGAACCCCACUACACGUUGCUAUACAAAAACAACACUAGGAAUGUAUUGAUGAAUUUGUACAAAUAUUAAUAUCAGUAAUGAAGCGCACUCAAGGUAAUGCCGACGAAGUGGAACUUAUUGAAAAUUUAAGAAAAAUGUUUGGAGUUUAUAAUCAUGAUGGCUAUACAAUUUUACAUUUAGCCGUUUUAAAAAAUUUACCGAUGUUGGUGGAAAUAAUGUUGGAUUUUUGUUUAAAAUUCAAAAUAAAUAUUUUAGAUAGAGAAGUUCUAGGUUCGGUUGAUUCAAUAUUACAUUUGGCAGUUAAAAACAAUUUUAAAGAUAUUGAAAAUAUUAUUGUUGAUAAAAUAAAAGAGAGCAUUAACCAACCGAACUAUAGUGGAGCUACAGCAUAUAAAAUCAAUACAGAUGAUGAUCUGUAAAAGUGAAACAGCUGUUCCCAUCUUACUUUGUUAUUGUUUUAAAACCAGUAGUGUAAAAACACAAAAAAAAUAUGAAUCAUACGACUUUUAUUCUCUUUUUGGUUAUACGAAUGGAAUUUCAUUUUACUGCUUCAUUAGACUUUACGUACAUAAAGUGUGAUCGUCUGAAUGACCCUUUAACAAUAUUUAAAUUGAAAUUUUGUAACAAAAAUAUCAAGUUUAAAACUAUUAUUUAUUCACCAUGUAAUUAGUUCUAUAUAAGGAAACAUAAAAUAAAUUAAUUGAUCUCAAACAUUUAAA